AAAGACCGGCUGCAUUUUUCUUAAGGAUAUCACUUUUUUCCUCUUACACCGCAUUUGUAACCAUGGCAGCGGUUCAGUUUACAGAGAGUAAAAAAGAAAAAGCCGAAAACCUUGUGGCUGAGUUGGAGAAGAGGGUCACGGAAGCAUUUGAUGUCUUUGACUAUGAAUCAAACGGAACAGUCGACAUGCGAGAGGUGGGCACCAUCAUUCGCUCGUUGUUUUGUUGUCCAUCUGAAGCGGAACUCAGUGAAUUUAUCACCCAGGUUGAAGAUGAAGAACCAACAGGUCAUAUAAGGCUUGAAAGAUUCCGUCCAGCAAUGGUCAGAGCAGUUCUUGAACACAGAUUUAAACCAGCAUCUGAAGACAUUCUUCUUAAAGCAUUCCAGAAGCUGGAUUCUGAUGAAAAAGGUUAUCUCACCAAGGAAGAGUUGACAAAAUACCUCACAGAAGAAGGUGAAGCUUUUGAACCGGAUGAAUUGGCAGAGAUGUUCUCUGCAGCAGCAGAACCAGAUUCAGAGACUAUUCAUUACAAAGACUUCCUUUCACAAAUAGUGGUCGAUGAUCAACUGAUUUUGUAACAGCCCCUAACCGAGAUUUCUGUGGCAGCCCCUAACUGAAAUUUCACAUAUCUCAGUCAGGAAUAUCCAGAUCACUAUGUAUGUCCACGGUGCUCCAUUGUGAUAGGAAGAAACUCCAAGCAGUGUAAAAUAUGACCCAGACCAUGUUUACCAGUAUGAACAUCAGAUCUUCAAAUAGUAGUUAACCAUUUAAUGAUUUUAGUGAAUUUAUACAGAAAAAUAA